CCGACGCCACAUCAUCAACGUGACAAUCGCAUUUGGCAAUAAAUAGAGAUCACAGCAGGUGAUCAUUUAGUUCUUGUGCAUCUGUUUUUCGUCAGACUCACAGUGUUCUCACAUAACCAUUCAAGUGUCGGCAUAAGGCUCCAUUACAAGGCAUUUUAAACGAAACCAACAACAUCGAAUCACGUGACAAAAGUUCACGCACUUCCUUUUCGGCCGUCACGACUUCGAGUCAGGAGCCAUGAGUGGACAGCAGCCAGCUUUACACAGAGGAAUCGUCAAGCAGAUUCUCUCUGGUGAUGCCAUUGUUAUCAGAGGCCAGCCAAAGGGUGGUCCACCCCCUGAACGGACACUCUGCUUCUCCAACAUACAAGCACCUAAGGUAGCUCGACGUGCAAACCCAACUGUUGAAGGUGCCACAGAAACCAAAGAUGAGCCAUUUGCAUGGCAGGCAAGGGAAUAUCUGAGAAAGAAGCUGAUUGGACGUGAGGUUGUGUUCACUGUUGAGUACAAGGCUCCAGGAACUGGGCGAGAAUAUGGAUGUGUUUAUUUAGGAAGAGAUCAGUCGGGGGAGAACAUGACUGAGGCCAUGAUUGCAGAAGGAUUCGUUGAUGUGAGAAGAUUAGGCUUAAAGGCAGAUGACCCAGCUCAACAGCGUCUCAUUCAACUUGAAGAAGCUGCAAAGGCUGCUGGGAAGGGCAAAUGGGCAGACGGUGCUGGUGACAAUAUCAGAGAUGUUAAAUGGACAGUUGAGAGUCCACGAAACUUUGUUGACUCCCAUCACAACAAACCAAUUGAAGCUGUGAUCGAGCAUGUACGAGAUGGUUGCACUGUCAGAGCUUUCCUCCUCCCCAGCUUUCACUAUGUCACUGUAAUGCUGUCUGGCAUCAAGUGCCCCAUGUUCCGCCAGGAAGAAGGGAAGCAAGUGGCAGAACCGUAUGCAGAGGAGGCCAAGUUUUUCACGGAGUGCCGUCUGCUGCAGAGAGAUGUGCAUAUCAUUCUGGAAGGAGUGUCCAAUAUGAACCUGCUUGGCACUGUCAUUCAUCCAAACGGCAACAUUGCUGAGUUGCUGCUGAAGGAGGGCUUUGCUCGCUGUGUUGACUGGAGCAUGGGAGUAGUGUCACAAGGGGCAGACAAGCUCCGAGGUGCUGAAAAGAUAGCCAAAGAGAAACGCUUGAGGAUCUGGAAGGACUACAAACCAUCAGGGCAAAGCAUUGAUGUCAAGGACAAGACGUUCAAUGGCAAGGUGGUUGAAGUUGUCAAUGGAGAUGCUCUGGUGGUGAAGAUAGGUGACUCAACAAUGAAGAAAGUGUUCUUGUCUAGUAUUAGACCUCCAAGACAGAGCCAGGAGCCAGCUGGUGAUGGAGCCCAAACCAAGGACAGCAGCAACCGCCGAGUCAGACCACUUUAUGACAUCCCAUACAUGUUUGAGGCCAGGGAGUUCCUCAGGAAGAAACUCAUUUGCAAGAAGGUGAAUGUGGAAAUAGAUUACAUCCAGCCACCCAACCAGGGCUACCCUGAGAAGACCUGUUGUACUGUUACCAUUGGAGGAAUCAAUGUUGCAGAAGCACUGGUGAUCAAAGGCUUUGCUACAGUGUUGCGGUACCGGCAGGACGAUGACCAACGCUCCUCCCACUAUGAUGUCCUGCUUGCAGCAGAGGCCCGUGCAGAGAAAAAAGGAGUGGGGCUACACUCCAAGAAGGAGAAGCCAGUUCACAGAGUGGCAGAUAUAUCAGGGGAUGUAACCAAGGCCAAACAGUUCCUGCCUUUCCUUCAGCGUGCUGGUCGAUCUGAAGCAGUGGUAGAGUUUGUGGCUAGCGGGUCCCGACUCCGACUGUACAUCCCCCGGGAAACAUGUCUUGUUACAUUCCUUAUUUCAGGUAUCUCCUGCCCUCGUGGAUCUCGACCUUUGCCUGGAGGACAGAUGGCACCUGCCGAACCAUAUGGAGAAGAUGCCCAUAGCUUCACCAAGGAGUUGUGUCUUCAGAGAGAGGUGGAAGUGGAAGUGGAGGCUAUUGACAAGGGAGGCAACUUCAUUGGCUGGCUUUUUGUGGAUGGCAUCAACUUGUCUGUAGCUCUAGUUGAAAAUGGUCUGGCAUCUGUGCACUUCACUGCUGAGCGCAGCAACUUCUACAAAACACUACAGGUGGCUGAGGAGAAAGCCAAGAAAGACAAGCUCAAAAUGUGGGCCAACUUUGUUGAGCCAACUAAACAGGAGGUAGUGGAAGAGCCUGCAGACAGGAAGGUUACAUACAAGAACAUCAUUGUAACAGAGGUCAACGAUUCUCUCUCAUUCUUUGCUCAAACAGUAGAAAAAGGGCCUGAGCUGGAGAAGAUGAUGGAAGAACUUCGUAGUGAAAUGGAGAACAACCCACCUCUCAAAGGAGCAUACACACCAAAGAAGGGAGACAGGUGUGCAGCCAGGUUCUCACAAGAUGACCAGUGGUAUCGGGCUAAAGUAGAGAAAGUGGAAUCCAACGACCGAGUGACUGUCUUGUACAUCGAUUAUGGCAAUAGAGAGGUGACAUCGUCGACAGAGAUUGCAGCCCUGCCAGGGAGUUACCAGUCAAUUCCCCCACAAGCCACAGAGUACAUUCUGGCCUGUGUGGCCUUGCCAGAUGAUGAGGAUGCUAAGAAUGAAGCCAUGGAUGCACUGUACUCUGACAUCAUCAACAAGCAGCUCAUGCUCAACACAGAAUACAAAGGACCACCAGAUUAUGUGACGCUUGUCACAGAGGCAAAAGAGGAUAUUGCACUUUGUCUCAUUUCUAAAGGGUUCCUCCUUGUAGAGCCUCGGCGGGAACGUCGGCUGGCCAAGAUUGUGUCUGACUACACUAAGGCACAGGAAAAGGCUAAAUCACAGAGGUUGAAUCUGUGGCGCUAUGGUGACUUCACUCAGGAUGAUGCCAAGGAGUUCGGCUAUUCACGUUGAGCAGUCAACACUCUGCUCUUCACUCGCAGCAGUUACACAAGUGGAAGCUAGGAUAUAUAAACAAUUUUUAAGACAGAAUAUAUUUACAUUACAUGCCAACUCCUAUUUUCUAUGAUUUUGAAUACCUAGUUUUCUCAAUAAUGGACACAUGGCUUCAGUCAACAUGAUUCUACUUGCAAACUGAAAACUCAUAACAAGCAUCAUGUGUCCAGAGUGAAAAAACAUUUCACAGAAUGUCAGACCUCAUAACAGCAAAGUGUGACUUUGGCUUUAAAAGCAUUUAAUUACACAAGUGUAUCCCUUGUUUAAAGCCAAGCUAAGGGCUCAUCUCACUGUAGAUUGUUCAUAUAGUCCUGUCAUGGUAGUUGGUCUCAUCCCGAGUGUCUGUUGCUGUGGGUCUACACAAAGGAUACACUCCAGUAUCAAUCAAACUAGUAACUUAGAAAAACAUUGGAUUCUUUGCUGGGUGUGGAAACUCCAGUCAAGGGAAUUGUAUGUAAAAAAUUUCCCAGCCUGUGAGUUAUGUUUAUCUUGGUGCCAAACCAGUUCUGUAGUUAAUAGAGUACUGUUUACUAUGUAUUUGUUCUACAUACUCCCUACUUAUGCAAACCUCUGUCUGGAGUUGAUCCACACCAGCCUGUACAUCUCUGCCAUUUCUGGCAAAUACUGCCUUGUUGACAAGUCUGUUGGUAUUAUAUAUAAUGCACACAAGCAACGUGCUCAAAAUUAUGACAGAAUCUUCUUGAAAAAUAAAACUAUAUUUAUGAAUGUUUCCCAAA